GACGCGCGGCCCUCACGUGACCCAGAGCUGCAGAGCGACGCAGCCUAGGGUGCAGUCGUCACUCGCGUCUGGCUACCAGCUCCCCGCUGCCCUGCGCACGGCGGGCUAGCAUCGGGCCCGGGGAAAGCGGAGCAGUUCGGUGUGGCACUGUUUGUGGUGAGGCGAGGGAAGGAGAGGAGAAAACUGCACAGGAUCUAUGGAGAUCUUCCCAUAGGCUUGUAGUAGGGCUAUUUACCACUGGAAACAAGAGAAAGGAGAGACUGGACCAUAACUAUGGAGAUAUAUCUGCAUGUCUGCUACAGGGCUUGAGAUAACUGGAAACAAAGAAACAAGAAGAAAAUUGUCUCCAAUCAGUAUAGACUGGGUGUAUCACCAAGCAAGAGAAGGAAAAAGGAGGGGAAUUCUUUGGAUCAGUACAGGUCCACCACCAGUGGCAGCUGUAGUGGCUGAAGACCAGCACUCCCACAGGCCUACUUCCAGAACUAUCACGUUCUUUUCUCAGCCCGAGUGAGCCCCCCAUACCUUGUUCGUGCCUUCAACAGGGGUGAUUACAUGGGCCGCAUUCAGGAAGUGGGCUGGGCAACUGCAGGACUGGUGAUCUGGGCUGGCACCUGCUACUACAUUUACAGAUUAACCAAGGGAAGAGCUCAGAAUGAGAGGAGACUUGCCAGAAAUGGGUCCAAAGUCAAGAUGGAGACUGUGGUUGGGGUACAGAACCAGACCUUGGCCACGAGUGAAGCCUUGGCUGGGGCAGAGAUUGAGACUAGACCCAAGGCCAUGACUGGAGCAGAAACUGGAUCAGGAGGUGGGCCUGGGGUUGAAAUAGAGACCAAGGUCACUGCUAUAUCCAGACCCAAAGCCAAUUCUCAGUCCAAGGCAAUGGCUGAGGCAGAGACAGAGACUGAAUUUGAGGCCAAAUCAGUGGUUGGAACACUGAUCAUGACAGAGGUAGUGACACUGACUGAGGCCAAUGCCAAUGCUAGGGAAGUGCCCAUGAAAGAGGCAGUGACCCAAACUGAUGCUGAGACUGGGGCAAUAGUGAAGAAAGAGGCAGUAACGCAGACCAAGGCUAAAGCUUGGCCAGUGGUUGCCAAGGCAGAGGCCAAGAAGGAAACAAUGACCCAGACCAAAGCUGAAGCUCGUACAUUGGCUGAAAAAGAGACAGAGAUUAACAAAGUAAUGGUGACACAGAGUGAGGUCUUGGCAGUGACCAAGGAAGUGGUCAAGAUUGGGACCAUGAACAAGACUGGAAUUGUGACCGAAACCAAGACAAGAACCUUGGAAGAGACUGUGAGUGUGGCUAAAACUCAGUCUGAGAUAAGGCCUGAUGCCACAGUUGAUACUAAGGAAAAUCUCAAUGGCAUGUCCAGGGCAGAGGCUGGAGUGGACGUGAUGUCCUGCACACAGUCUCAGGCUGUGGUCAAGGUCCAAGAUGAUGACAUGCCUGGUGCUGGGGAUAAGGACAAGGGGAAUCUCAAAAUCAUGUGUAAGGCAAGCUCUGGGAUAGACACAAGAGCUUCUUUCCAGCCCCAAAUUGCUCCCCAGACCCAGGCUGAGGCCAUGCCUGGGGCAAGGGUUGUUGACAGGAGUAAUGCCAAUGCCAUGUGUAUAACAGAGGUAGGAGCAGAUAUGAGAACUUGUGUAAUACAAUCUCAGUCUAUGGCCAGAAAACAGGCUGAAGCAACAUCUGGUGCCAGGGUUGAUGGCAGGGUAAAUACUAGUGUCAUAUCUAAGGCAAUGACUGGAGCUGAUAUGAGGGCCGCGGCUCAAGCACAAGCAGUAUCCAGUGCUCAGGUUGAGGCCAUACCUGAUGCCAAGGUUAAGAGUAGGGCCAAUCCCAAUGCCAUGGCUAAAGCAGUGGCCAGAACAAACAUGAGAACCUAUUCACAGGUUGAGGCCUUGACUGAUACCAGGGAUAAGACCAGAAGCAAUCCCAAUGUCAUGACUAAGGCAGGGGCUGGAAUGGACAUGUUGUCUUGUACCCAGAUUCAGCCUGUGGCCAAUGUCCAGGGUGAUAUCUUGCCUGAUGGAAGAAUCAAGGCUAAGGGCAAUGCCAAUACCAUGUCUAGGGAAGGAGCUGAGGCUAUGGCCCAGAGCCAGGGUGAAACCUUACCUAUCACUAGAGGUAAGGCAAGGGGCAAAGCCAAAGCCAAGUGUAAGGCAGGAGUUGGGACAGACACGAAAACCUGUGUACAGCCUCAGGCUGGCACCAAGACCCAAACUGAGGCCUUGACUGAUCCCAGGGUUGAUGCCAGGGGUGAUUCUAAUGCCAUUUCUAGAGCAGGGUCUAAGGCAGACCAGAGGACCUGUGGUCAGCCCCAAGCUGUGGCAAAUUUCCAGGGUGAGGCCCUACCUGGUGCCAAGAAUAGGGUCAGAGGCAAUUCCAACACUGUGCCUAAGGCAGGGACUAUGGAAGGUUCAAUGGGCUCUUCCAAGUCCCAGGCUGUGACCACUUCCCAGAAUGAGGCCUUGCCUGGUGUCAGGAAUAAGGUCAAAGGCAAUACCAAUGCUGUGCCUAAGGUGGAGGCUGGGGCAGGUACAACAGGCUCUGCUCAGUCCCAGGUUGUGGCCAAUUCCCAGGGUGAGACCUUGCCUAGUAACAGGAAUAAGGUCAGAGGCAAUCGCAAUGCUGUGCCUAAGGUAGGGGUCGGGCCAGAUACGGUGUGCCCUGCCCAGCCCCAGACUGUAGCCAAUUCCCAGAAUGAGGCCUUGUCUGGUGCCAAGAAUAAGGUUAAGUGUAAUUCCAAUGCUGUGCCUAAGUCAGAGGCUGGGGUGGGCUCUGCCUGUCCCCAGGCUGUGGCCAAUUCACAGGGUGAAUGCUUGACUGGUACUAGGACUAAGGUCAAGGGCAAUCCCAGUGCCAUGUCUAAGCCAGAGGCUGGAGCAGGUACAAUGGGCUCUGCCCAUCCAAAGGCUGUGGCCAGUUCCCAGAGUGAGGCCUUGCCUGGUGCCAAGAAUAAGAUCAGGGGCAAUUCCAAUGUUGUGCCUAAGACAGAGACUGGGGCAAAUACAAGAGACUCUGCCCAGUCCCAGGCUGUGGCCAAUUCCCAGGGUGAGACCCUGCUUGGUGCCAGGAAUAAGGUCAGGGGCAAUCCCAAUGCUGUUCCUAAGGCAGAGGCUGGGACGGAUAAAACAGGUUCUGCCCAGUCCCAGGCUGUGUCCAAUUCCCAGGGUGAGACCUUGCUUGGUGCCAGGAAUAAGGUCAGGGGCCAUCCUAGUGCUGUACCUAAGACAGCAACCGGGGCAGGUACAACAGGGUCUUCCCAGCCCCAGGCUGUGGCCGUUUCUCAAAAUGAGGCCUUGCUUGGUGCCAGGAAUAAAGUCAGGGGCAAUUCCAAUACUCUGCCUAAAGCAGGGACCAGGACAAGUAUAAGGGGCUCUGCUCAGCCCCAAACUGUGGCCAAUUCCCAAGAUGAGGCCUUGCUUGGUGCAAGGGACAAAGCUAUGUCCAAUUCUGAGGCAGAAGGCGUAGCAAAAGAUGAAGUCUCUGCAAAGCCUGAGUCUGAGGCUGUGCCCACUUCUGAGAGUGAAGGUGGGACAGACUCUCAGGCUUGCAGAAAGUCUCAGCCUAAUAUUCAUGACUACUACUGGAAUGGGAUUGGUGUAGAGGAUUGGAUUGCUGCUGAGCGGUGGAUCAAGUUUAGGUUUCAGGCCAUGGAUGGAGACUGGGAAAAUAGUGUGUCCUGGGCUGAUAAUGAGAAUGAAGCCAGUAUUGGGUCCUGGAGUGGAACUAGUGAUAAGGCUGGUAUUGUUAGUUCCUGGGCUGUAGCUUGUGAUGAGACCAGCAUUAAGUCCUGGGCUGGUGCUGGGGCUGGGGCUAGGGCUGAGAAUGAGGUUGCUCUUGCAUCCUGGGUAGGAGCUGGGGAUCAGGCCAGUGGAGGGCUCUGGGCUGGGGGUCAGGCUAGUGAGGGGCCCUGGACUGGGGACAAGUCGAGUGGGGGUUCCUGGGUAGAGGCUCAGAACAAGGCCUUUGGAGGAUCCUGGACUGGGGCUGAGAACCAGGCCAGUGGCGGGUCUUGGGUUGUCUCUGGGAAUCAGGCUAUUGGAGGGCCCUGGGUUGUUAGUCAGGUCAGUGAGGGGUCUUGGCCUGGGGGCCAGGCAAGUGGUGUUUCCUGGGUUGUGGACCAGGCUACUGGAGGGUCCUGGACUGUGGCUGAGAAUCAGGCUAGUGCAGUGUCUUGGGCUGGAGCUGGAAAUAUAGUUAGUAUCGGUUACUGGACUGGAGCCAUGGACCAGGCCACUGGAGGAUCCUGGGCUGGGACUGGUGAUCAGUCCAGUGGUGAGUCCAAGCCUAGAUUUGAAGAUCAGGCCAGUGAAAAAGGGUCCUGGACUGGGACUGUUGGCCAGGCUGGUGGAGAGUCCAGGUUGGGACCUGAGGACCAGUCCAGUGGAAGGUCUUGGGCUGAUGCUGCAGAUCAAGCCAGUGGAGGGCCCAGGCUUGGGCCUCUAAACCACUCUAGUGGUGCAUCCUGGGCUGGAGCUGGGGACCAGACUGGUGGAGGAUCUACACCAGGGCCUGCAGACCAGUCCAGUGGUGGAUCUUGGGCUGGCACUAGGAACCUGGCCAUUGCAGGGUCCUGGACUGGGACUAGUGGUCAGUCUGGUGGUGGAUCCAAGCCUAGUUUUGAGAAUCAGACCAGUGAUGAAGGGUCUUGGGCUGGGCCUAUUGCCCAGGCUGGUGGAGGGUCUAAGUCAGGGCCUGAGGAUCAGUCCAGUGGAAGAUCCUGGGCAGAUUCGGGGAAUCAAAUCAGUGGAGGGUUCUUGGUUGGGGCUGUGAACCAGGCCAAUGGAGAGUCCCAGGCUGGGGUUAGGGACAUGGCUGGUGGUGGGGCCAAGCCUGUAUUUGAGGACCAGACCAGUGGAGCAGGAUGCUGGGCUAAUGCUGGGGACCAGCCUGGUGGAGGAUCUAGCCUUGGAUCUGGAGGUCAGUCCAAUGGAAAUUCCUGGGCUGGUACUGGGGACCAGACCAGUGGAUGGUUCUGUGCUUACACUGGGAGUCAGACCAAUGUAACAGGGUCUUGGGUUGUAGCUGGUGGUCAGGAUGUUGGAGCGUCCAGGCCAGGGUCCAUGAACCAAUCUAAUGGUGUGUCCUGGGCUGGCACUGGGAGUCAGGUCAGUGGAAUGUCCUGGGCUGUGGCUGGGGAUCAGGCUGGUAAUUGUUCCAAACCUGGAUUUGAGAAUCAGGCCAUUGGAGGAGGAUUCUGGGCUGGUACUGGAGAUCAGACUGGUGGAGGAUCCAGGCCAGGGCUUCAUGAUCAGGCUGGUGGAGCAGGUUCCUGGGUUGGAGCUGGUGGUCAUGUCAUUGGAGCAUCUAUAUCAGGACCCACAGACCAGUCCAGUGGUGGAUCCUGGGCUGCCACUGGGAGUCAGGUCAGUGGGGUGUCCUGGAUUGGGCCUGGGGAUCAGACUGGUGGUUGCUCUAAACCUGGAUUUGAGGAUCAGGCCAGUGGAGGAGCUUCUUGGGCUGGUGCUGCGGAUCAGACCAGUACAGAAUCCUGGACUGUGUCUAGGCCUGGGAAUGAGGCUAGUGGAGGAUCUAGGCUGGGCUCUGAGGACCAAGCCAGUGGAGGGUCCUGGACUAAGUCUGAGGACCAGGCUAGUGGAAGAUUCUUGGUCAGUGCUGAGGUGGAGGCCAAUGAAGGAUUCUGGUUUGGGCCUGGGAGUGAGGCCUUUAUAGGUUCUUGGUGUUGGACAGGGGAAGAGGCUGUUAUUGUGGCCAGGUCUGAUUGUAAGCAUGAGUCCAGUAUUGAAUCCACAUCAAGAACUGGGGAAGACAUCAUCAUUAAUUCUGAGUUGGGAGAUGAGAACAAGGCCAGUAUUGGGUCAUGGAUCAGAUCAGAGGAGGCAGCUUAUGUGGGUUCCUGUGUGGGGGCUGAGGCUGGUGCUGGGGCUGAGGCUGGGGCUGGGGCUGAGGCUUGGGCUGAGUCUGGAGCUGAGGCUGGAGCUGAGGCUGGAGCUGAGGCUGGGGCUGAGGCUGGGGCUGAGGCUGGAGCUAAAUCCAGGUUGGGGUUUUGGCCCUGGGAUGGAGAUGCAGCUACCAAAGGGUCUAGGUUUGGGACUGAAGAAGAAGCUGGCAUAGGAUCUUGGAGUUGGUCUAGGGAUGUAGAUGAUGAUGAGCUAAGUAGAACAUCCAGCCCUGAUAUUGAGGAGAUCAGUUUAAGGUCCCUGUUUUGGGCUGAGAGUGAGAACAGUAGUGAGUUUAGAUCCAAGAGUGGAAAAGAUGUUAAUUUUGAGUCUGGGACUGGGGAUAAGGCCAGUGGUGAGGAUAAAUUUGAGGCUGCUGAUGGAUUUGAUAUAAGGACUUGGUUCUGUACUGGUAAUGAAAACAGAAAUGAAGACAAAUCUACAUCUAAUGGUAAAGCCAAAAAGUCGGCUGAGUCAAGAGGUACAUAUCCAUCCAUGGUCCCAGGGGCUGGAAUGGGGCCAUGGGAUGGAGCCAUGAUCUGGUCAGAAACUAAGUUUACUCAACAAAGUGAGGGCAGCUUUCCAGUUGAAGAUGAGUUCAGAAAGCAGGUCAGGUCUGGGGAGAAAAUUCGGCCCUGGUCCUGCCGCUGUAAACGUGAAGCUAAUAUGGAUCCACGAGAUCUUGAAAAACUCAUUUGCAUGAUUGAGAUGACUGAAGAUCCUUCUGUUCAUGAAAUAGCCAACAAUGCUCUAUAUAACAGUGUUGAUUAUCCUUAUUCCCAUGAAAUUGUUCGUAAUGUUGGGGGAAUCUCAGUUAUUGAAAGCUUGCUGAGUAAUCCCUACCCCAGUGUUAGGCAGAAGGCUUUAAAUGCACUGAAUAACAUCUCAGUGGCUGCUGAAAAUCAUAGAAAGGUGAAAACAUACUUAAACCAAGUUUGCGAAGAUACUGUCACCUAUCCCUUGAACUCAAAUGUGCAGUUGGCUGGACUAAGAUUGAUAAGACACCUGACUAUUACUAGUGAAUAUCAGCAUAUGGUUACAAAUUAUAUUUCAGAAUUUCUUCGUUUGUUAACUGUAGGAAGUGGAGAAACUAAAGAUCAUGUUUUGGGAAUGCUUGUGAAUUUCUCUAAAAAUCCAUCUAUGACAAAAGACUUGCUCAUUGCCAAUGCACCAACAUCACUGAUUAAUAUUUUUAGCAAGAAAGAGACAAAAGAGAAUAUUCUUAAUGCUCUUUCACUAUUUGAAAAUAUAAAUUACCAUUUUAAAAGAAGAUCAAAAGCAUUUACCCAGGACAAAUUCAGUAAAAAUUCUCUUUAUUUCCUAUUCCAACGACCUAAAGCCUGUGCCAAAAAACUUCGAGCUUUAGCAGCAGAAUGUAAUGACCCAGAGGUAAAAGAAAGAGUUGAGGUAUUAAUAAACAAACUCUAAUUGGAUAUAUGUUCCUACACACAUUCAAGUAAUAUUUUGGUUUUGCAGUCUGGAAGUGAUACACAUUGUAAAUUGUGUUAUAACUUCAAAACUGAUGUUACCUAUGAUGGUCUGUAGAUGGACCAUUUUAUGAGCACCAAAUGAAUUUAAACUUGUACUGAAAAUACAUGUGUUGAUUUUUAUCUUGUCUGGAUUGAGAUAUUUUUAGUAUGCUUCUUGAGCAGAAACUGAGCUGAUUCUCCAUAAGUAAGGUAAUCUUUGGUCCUUUGUGUGGACUUAUGUUUAUACAUUUGAGACUUUAUUUUUAUGUCAUCAAUAAAGUUGUGUGUUUUAAGCAGCAG